AGGCUUCGACUAGAUAGCUGCAUUGGAUAUUUCUGUCAGUAGACUUCCUAAGUGCAAGAAGUUCAUUGGACUAAAGAUGUAUUUUUUUCUGGUGCUUGCGUACAAGAGACUCAAGGGAACAGACCUUCCAUUUGACACAAACAAUGUUAGGGAUUGCAAAAUAGCUAACGCUCAUCAGAGCUUCAUCGUCUGAAAGAGAGCUGAGAGAAGAGCUCACCUCUGUCCAACAGAACACAGUGCUGACGCACAGUUCUGUUCUCUGCAUUAAAGACUGUGCUUCGGACAGCGUAGGUUUGAGAGGUUUUUCAUAAUGGACUUCUUCAACUCAGCUCUUGGAAAAAACAUCACUUUUGUGCGUCCUGAAUAUUUCAUAAUAAGUGGCUUUAUUGGAAUUCCUAAUAUCAAUUAUUACUAUGUAUUCCUCUUUUUUGUUUACAUUGUUUCAGUGUUGGGAAACACCGCUGUGAUGGCCAUAAUAUACUUGGACCAUAAUCUGAGAACUCCAAAAUAUAUUGUAGUUUUUAAUUUAGCAUUUGUGGACCUGUGUGGUAGCUCUGCUUUGGUGCCAAAGGUUCUUGAUAUCUUUCUGUUUAACCAUCAGUACAUCCUCUACGCUGACUGCUUGGCAUUUCUUUUUUUCUGCUACACGUGCCUUUCAAUGCAGGUUCUUAAUCUAGUUGGACUCUCGUAUGACAGACUGAUAGCUAUCAUCUACCCACUGCACUACCAAGUGAAGGUGACCCACAGGUUCAUGCUGUCUUUGAUUGCCUGUUUCUGGGUCUUUGUUAUUACUGUUGAUCUUAUUGUCGUCGGCCUUCUAACAAGACUUUCCUUCUGUAAGUCUGUGGUUAUUAACAGCUAUUUCUGUGACCACGGCCAGAUAUAUCGGAUGGCCUGCAAUGACUAUAAACCUACUGAUUACUUUAGUUGGUUUUUAGUAGUUCUAAUUUUUUGGCUUCCAUUCACAUUUAUUCUGUUUACUUAUUCAUGUAUCGGCUAUGCAUUGUCUAAAGUUGCCACAGUUCAUGAAAGAGUGAAGGCCUUUAAAACCUGCACAGCUCAUCUUUCGUUGGUGGUAAUCUAUUUCGUCCCAAUAUUAGUCACAUUUACUUUGGGUUCACAAAUACCUCCAAAUGCCAGGAUCCUAAACCUGUCUCUGACCUCUGUCUUUCCUCCAAUGCUGAACCCAAUCAUUUAUGUUUUGCAGACGCAAGAAAUCAAAGAAUCUAUGAAAAAAAUAUUGAAAUUUAGAAAGAAAUCCCAAAUUACAGUGAAGAGAGAAAUCAUGAAAUGA